AUGGCCGCCACCGCCUCUGUGACAGGCCUGAUCACGUGGGCGCCGUCGCCUAUGAGGUCGCCGCGGCUCCGGCGGUGAUUGUCCCUUCCCGGGCCCCGUCCCGAGGAGGCGACUGCCCUUGUCAACCGAAGCCUGAGCGAUCAUGGCAACGGGCUCGGGCGGGGAGCGCGUGGCAGCGGCGGCAGUUUGGUCGCGGGCCGGGGCGGCGGAGCGGCGGCGGCGGCGGCGGUGGCACUGGCGCUGGCACCGACCCUGAGCGCCAUGCAGCGGGGCAGCUCCGAGAGGGAGCUGGCGGCCAGGUGGGAGGCGGAGGCGGAGGCGGUGGCCGUGGCCGAAGCGCCGGCGGCGGAGCAGGGCGGCGUGGACUCGGGCGCGGCCGGGGAGCCGGAGCACAAGGCUCCGGAGGAGCAGUCCGGGGAGGGGGCCCCAGCGCAGCCCCGCGCGGCCGAGGAGGGGGACGCCCGGGUCGUCCCGCGGCCGCCGCCCACGCUGCCCCUGGCCAAGCCGCAGCCGGCGCGGGCGCGGGGCCUCUGCCCGCACCGGAAGCCCCGGAGCAAGGGCCGGGGCUGCCGGCGGAGCUCGGGCCGCUCGGCGGACGAGUACUGCUCUCAGCGGCCGGUCACCGUGGACAGCUCCAAGGCCAGGACCUCCCUGGACGCCCUGAAGAUCAGCAUCCGCCAGCUCAAGUGGAAGGAGUUCCCAUUUGGCCGACGCUUGCCUUGUGACAUCUACUGGCAUGGAGUUUCAUUUCACGACAAUGACAUAUUCUCCGGCCAAGUGAACAAGUUUCCAGGCAUGACGGAGAUGGUGCGUAAAAUUACUCUGAGCAGAGCCGUGAGAAUCAUGCAGAAUCUCUUUCCUGAGGAGUACAACUUCUAUCCUCGCUCAUGGAUUCUGCCUGACGAGUUCCAGCUCUUUGUUGCUCAGGUUCGAAUGGUGAAAGAUGGCGACCCCUCCUGGAAGCCCACUUUUAUUGUGAAACCUGACAGUGGUUGUCAGGGCGAUGGCAUCUACCUCAUUAAAGACCCCAGCGACAUCCGCCUGGCAGGGACCCUUCAGAGCCGACCAGCGGUGGUCCAGGAGUACAUCUGCAAACCUCUUCUGAUCGACAAGCUCAAGUUUGACAUUCGUCUGUAUGUCUUACUCAAGUCCUUAGACCCCUUAGAGAUUUAUAUAGCCAAAGAUGGACUCUCUAGAUUUUGUACAGAGCCAUAUCAGGAGCCCAACCCCAAAAAUCUGCACCACAUCUUUAUGCACUUAACCAACUAUUCCCUGAACAUCCACAGUGGUAACUUUGUCCAUUCGGACAGCACUAGCACGGGCAGCAAAAGGACUUUCUCUAGCAUCCUUUGUAGGUUGUCUUCCAAAGGUGUUGACAUCAAGAAGGUCUGGUCUGAUAUCAUCUCCCUGGUGAUUAAGACUGUCAUUGCCCUGACUCCAGAGCUCAAAGUUUUCUACCAGUCGGACAUCCCCGCGGGGAGGCCGGGGCCCACGUGCUUCCAGAUUUUAGGCUUUGACAUUCUUCUAAUGAAAAACCUGAAGCCUAUCCUACUUGAAGUAAAUGCGAAUCCCAGCAUGAGAAUUGAACAUGAGCAAGAACUUUCUCCAGGGGUGUUUGAAAAUGUCCCCAGCCUUGUUGAUGAGGAAGUAAAGGUGGCUGUGAUCAGAGACACGCUGCGCCUCAUGGACCCACUCAAGAACAAAAGAGAGAACCAGUCUCAGCAGCUCAAGCAGCCGCUAGCCGCGAAGGAAGAUCCUUCUGACAGCGAGCCGGCCAACACCUCCGACAGCAACUGCAAUCCUGAAGCCCACCUGCCGUCCAUCUGCCUCAAGCAGGUGUUCCCCAAGUACGCCAAGCAGUUCAACUACCUGCGUCUGGUGGACAGAAUGGCAAAUUUGUUUAUCCGGUUCCUGGGAAUCAAGGGGACAAUGAAGCUGGGGCCAACAGGCUUCCGGACUUUCAUAAGGAACUGCAAGCUCAGCAGCAGCAGCUUGUCCAUGGCGGCUGUGGACAUCCUCUAUAUUGACAUCACAAGGAGGUGGAACUCCAUGACCCUGGACCAGCGGGACUCAGGCAUGUGCUUGCAGGCCUUCGUGGAGGCUUUCUUCUACCUGGCUCAGAGGAAGUUCAAGAUGCUGCCUCUCCACGAGCAGGUGGCCUCACUGAUCGACCUGUGUGAAUACCACCUGUCCCUCCUGGACGAAAAGCGCCUGGUGUGCGGCCGGAGCGGCACAUCAGGGGGCCGGCCCCCAGACAGCGGCACCCCCCAGGAGGCCGCCCCCUCGGCUCAGCUGGCAGAGGGCAACCCCCCGUCCUGCACAAACAGCACCCACAAGUUCUCCCAGUCCAGACACGUGCUGUCCUGA